AACGCGCCAAUGAGAGGACAGUUCAGCGCUGUAUAUAAUGAUGUAUGUAAUUAGUGCGGUGUGUUAGAGAGAGCAGUGUCCUUGACUCGUUGUUGAGCGUUUCUUUGAGCCAGUGUGUUACGUCACUACGAGCCCGUGAUGUCAGGAUUUUAGUUUCCGUCUCCGCCCACUCUGCUCCAGAUAUACUCGGACCCAACCGGACCCGACCUAACUUUUACGCUUCUACUUUUUCUGUGUGUAACCUGUAUUUCGUUUGAAGGAAGAUUUCAAGCUGGCGCCCGACUCCACAAACGUUAUGUCCUACGGGAGUUCAUCUCCCACUCUCCCCACAGCCCCUUGUCAGAAGAUGGAAACUCAAGAACCCUCUCUCUCUUGCAGCAGUACCUAUACCAUGAUCAAACAGAUUGGAACUGGAGGCUAUGGAAAGGUAUACCUGGCUCAACACAAAUACACAGGAAAACAAGUAGCUAUUAAAGUUAUGUCUCAGUCCCGGAUUUCCAGAUAUUUGGAGCUAGACGGACAGAGAGUCCCAGCUGAGAUUGCUCUCAUCGCUAACUUAUCACACAGCUCUAUUAUUCAGUACAUCGCUCACUUCAAAGUACCAGGAGGAUGGUGCCUGGUGAUGGAGUACCCUCACGGUUACCUCGACUUGUUCGAGCUGAUCUGUGACAGAGGCAGACUUAAUGAGAAACACACUCGCAAGAUUAUCAGACAGGUUCUACAAGCUAUAAACCACUGUUUAAAAAGUAAAGUGGAUCACAGGGACCUGAAAGACGAGAACCUUCUCGUGAACCCUGACAACCUCCACGUCAAGCUGAUUGACUUCGGGUCCGCUUCUCAACUGACAGAUAGAGCUUACACCAGGUUCCAGGGAACUGAUGUGUACCUGCCCCCAGAGUGGUACACCCGACACAGCUACAUGGCUCUCCCUGCCACCUCCUGGGCUAUUGGCUGUCUCAUCUUCACCUGUCUCUCUGGAGACUCUCCCUUCGCUACUAGAGAUGAGGUGAAGAAGUCCCAGAUACCAUGGGAGAAGCUCCCCUCCAACUUAUCAGACAACUGUUUUGACAUGUUGAAAGGAUGUCUCCAGACGUCAGCUCGCCACAGGAUCAACCUCAAGACCCUGGCAGCUCAUCCCUGGUUACAAAUGGACAGCUGAAAAACCGACUGACCAUAUAUGGGCAUGCUACCAUGUAUGGUCAAAACAACACUGCCAUCCCGUGUUGAACUCUAGGAUACAAUAUAAACUGCAGCCACUUUGAUUAGGAUAUGGUAUGGGUAUAUUUGAUAUACGGCUCAGACUUGGCGAUGUUUACAGCUACUUCCGUUCAUUACGAUUACACUAAUUAUAUGAUUAAUUAUAAUUAUGCACAUAAUUAAUUAUGAUUAUGCACUAGACGCUUAUCCGAAAGUUUCGUUAACGAACCUGGUGUUUUUGAUUUAACAGGAGAUUUUUUCUGCGGGUUUAACUUGAUUGACUAUUUAUCUAAUGGACCGACUUAUCAUUAUGAUGUAAUAUCACGUCUGAUAUUACUUCUACACGUUUAUCAGUGAUGAUUAUUAUAUAAUUUGCUCUAUACUCCUUUUAUAUAAUUAUUUAUAUAUUCCAUGUUUAAUGUGAAAUAUUUUAAACAACUUUGUCAAGCUGGCAGACUUUCUACGUCGGCUAGAUAUAUGUGGAGUCAUGGCAAAUCUGACCAUCAUUUAAUCCGUUUUAUUAUUUUAAAAUAGGCUUUCAAACCGUAAAGUCGAACAUUUUAACUAAACUCUGUUACCAAUUUUUCAGAUGCAACUCUGCCGAGAUUAACAUUAUAUAUUUCAAUAUGUGGUGGGAUAUAUUAGUUAAUGAACUAAUUAAUCAGUUAAUUAAGUUAAAACUUGGCAUGGUUUUCUUUUCUUUGUUUGUUUAGCGGGAUCUUGUUUGAUAUCGUAGUAUUUGGGGUGUAGAUUAAGGUGAAUUGUAGAUAAUAGCUAAAACUAAAACUAAUUAGGUUCGCACUGCUAGUUAAAACACAAGUGUAGAAUGUUACCACGGUAACAAAUCAUGUAAUACGAUGCUGGCUCAUCUUCUCUUAAUGUGCAACGAAUUUUGUAAUUGUUAAUUAUCUGACCAAGUGUCUGACACCACUUCAAACAUCCCGGGUCUUCCCUCACAAUUCUACCCUGACUCAACUCAGCUGAAUUUCUUUAAAAACCCUUCCGGGGCAUUAACAUUUCCGGAAAUAAUGGUUAAAGUCGGGUGCCAGCUUGAAUUCGGGAAGUUGGAAGUGCGUGUGCAGACUUAUCAGUUCGAGAUAUUAACGUUAGUUUCACAACUCCUUCAUAAAUAAUUCAAUUUGACUACCCCUAUAUUUCCGUGCUUUAACUGGACCGUGAAAUAUCGGACCUAGCCGGAUAUCGUGUUGCUAAUGUAGCACGGAUAUCGUGUUGCUAAUGUAGCACGGAUAUCGUAAUCUUGGAACUUGACCUUGAACUGAUAAGGUUAUCAGUUAAUGAUAAGCUAGACAGGAUGAAUCAAAAUUAAGCUAACCUGAUAAAUGCCAGUGAUGGAUUGAGGUUGAAACGUGCCGAGAUCAGGUCAGCACCAAGAUUACGGGACCGGAGAAUUUUAUCCGUACUCUUACUGUCCGAUUAUAUUUAUUUUAUUUAUUUGUGUUAUGUACCAAUGUGUGACUCCAAUGUGUAGGGUAUGUUCGUGACCAUGUAAGGGCAUGCUACCAUAUAUGGGCAUGUUUCCAUAUAUGGGCAUAGUAUUGUAUACUAAUUUACCAACUUUUUGUCUGAGCAACUAAAACACUAAGAAAAACUUAAAUGCACGGCCAAAAACAACAAAUAUCACUGAUGUGUGAAUACCAUAUAUGGGCAUGGUACAGUCACGUGAGUAAAGGUGAUGGUUUACAGUGUUCUAGUUGCUCAGUAAGAUUACUAGGUGUACAAAUGUGCUAUCAGUGAAUUUUGUGGCGAGUGACAGAAUAUGAUCAUGAGAUAACGGCAACAUUUCGACAAUAUUUGGUCCCAAAAACUCUCUUUUACCAGACUUAGAACUUUUCCUUAAAAUUUAACGGGCGACGCCCUUUCAUUAGCCAUAUUAGCAGUGUUGCCAAGUGCCCGUGACUACUGAAACCACGUGACAUAUUCUGAACACUCCGCCACAAAAGAUAACCGCGACCUAUUAACGACCACAUCUCUUGUCUGAACUUAACCCAAUCAGAAGCCGGCUUGCUAUCCAACUAAACAAUCCCAAGUAGCCGGCUCUUCAUUCAACUGUUUAAUAAGAGAUGUGCUUUACUAUUGUGUCUUUCAUUGUAUCUUAACUUGAUAUAAUAUAAUGUUCACUUGUUAUGAGACAUAUUAUAUACUCUGAGGCAA